AUGCUGCUCACCGUGUACUGUGUGCGGAGGGACCUCUCCGAGGUGACCUUUUCCCUCCAGGUCGACGCCGACUUUGAGCUGCACAACUUCCGCGCUCUGUGUGAGCUCGAGUCCGGCAUUCCCGCGGCUGAGAGCCAGAUUGUCUACGCUGAAAGGCCUCUCACAGACAACCACAGAUCACUGGCGUCUUACGGCUUAAAAGAUGGCGAUGUUGUGAUUUUACGACAGAAGGAGAAUGCAGACCCUCGACCUUCGGUGCAGUUCCCAAACUUACCCCGAAUAGACUUCCGUAGCAUAGCUGUGCCUGGCACGUCAAACACCCGGCAGCGCCAGCCACCAGGAGUACAGCAAUCCCACUCAGCUCCUGGAGAAAUAGCCUCAUCUCCUCAGGGCUUGGACAAUCCAGCCUUGCUCCGAGACAUGUUGCUGGCCAACCCCCAUGAGCUGUCCUUGCUGAAGGAACGCAAUCCACCCUUGGCAGACGCUCUGCUCAGUGGAGAUCUUGAGAGAUUUUCUAGGGUCCUGGUGGAGCAGCAACAGGACCGAGCCCGGAGAGAGCAAGAAAGGAUUCGUCUCUUUUCUGCGGACCCUUUUGAUCUUGAAGCUCAGGCAAAGAUAGAAGAAGAUAUAAGGCAACAGAACAUUGAGGAAAACAUGACAAUAGCCAUGGAAGAGGCUCCGGAAAGUUUUGGCCAAGUAGUGAUGCUUUAUAUUAACUGCAAAGUGAAUGGACAUCCUGUGAAAGCCUUUGUUGACUCAGGUGCCCAGAUGACUAUUAUGAGCCAAGCUUGUGCAGAAAGGUGUAACAUAAUGAGGCUGGUAGACCGCCGGUGGGCAGGAAUCGCGAAAGGAGUGGGCACUCAGAAGAUCAUUGGAAGGGUACAUCUAGCUCAGGUUCAAAUUGAAGGUGAUUUCCUGGCGUGUUCCUUCUCCAUACUUGAGGAACAGCCCAUGGACAUGCUUCUGGGACUGGAUAUGUUGAAACGGCAUCAGUGUUCCAUUGACCUCAAGAAGAACGUACUCGUGAUCGGCACCACAGGCUCGAAGACCACCUUCCUUCCCGAGGGGGAGUUACCAGAGUGUGCCCGGUUGGCAUAUGGGGCCGGGCGAGAUGAAGUACGGCCAGAGGAGAUUGCAGACCAAGAACUGGCAGAAGCCCUUCAAAAAUCCGUAGAGGAUGCAGAGAAAAGCGGUAAAGAAACUACCUCACUGGGAAUGUCAUCAUUACCAACUUCAGAUGGAUUUAACCAUCAAGCCCAUCCUCCAGGACUGAGUCCUGAGAUUGGUAAUCCUCCAAGUCGUGCUCACUCUGUCUCUGCUUCAGUCAGCCCUAUCCAGUCCAGUGACCCAGACAGCAUUGAACCUAAAGCUGUGAAGGCUUUGAAGGCUUCAGCUGAAUUCCAGAUAACCUCUGAGCAGAAAGAACAUCUUCCUCCACAGGAUCUUUCUGAUUGUACUCUUUCAGCAGACAGUGCUCCAGCAGACCAGAGUCCAGCUAUGCCUUUGCAGAAUUCACUCGAAGAAGCCAUUGUUGCAGAUCAUCUAGAGAAAUCUGCUGAAAGAAGCACCCAGGGCCUCAAAUCUCAUCUCCACACAAGACAGGAAGCUGAUUUAUCUGUCACAACUACUGGGAUGCAAGAACCGCAGAGGCUCACAGGGGAGAAAGGUUGGCACCCAGAAUAUCAGGACCCAAGUCAGGUGAGUGGCCUUCAGCAGCACGAAGAACCAAGGAAUGAACAGCAUGAGGUUAUACAACAGAGUGCUUCACAUGACCAAGACCAUCUUUGUCACACAGGGGACCUUGAACUUCUUGGAGAAAGGCAACAAAGCAGUGCUGGUUUGGAAGCUGCAAUGAAAGGAGACAGGCUACAGCAGAAUGUGGACCUUCCGGGUACAGAGAAAGAUAUUCUACCUUCAAGAUGCCUUGGCUGCUCAAAUUCAGAAACACUUAUGGAAGUAGAUAUUGUCGAACAGUCCCUAGUUGCUGUGCUGAAUUCAGGAGGUCAGAAUACCAAUGUCAGAAACAUUGGUGCAUCUGAUCUCAUCUUAGAUAAUCCCUUGAUGGAAGUAGAAACAUCAAAAUGUAACCCUUCCUCUGAAAUUUCGAGUAAUUCCAUUUCUACUCAGGAUUUACAGCUUCUAGAAAGUAAUGUUGAAAUGUCUGAAACAGGUAAAGAAUGCGGGGAUCGCCCUUCCUCUUUAGUAAGUCUCUGUGGCAGUUGUCAGCCCUCUCUAGAGUCAACAGAGGAAUCUUGCUCAUCCAUAACGGCAGCCUUGAAGGAACUUCAUGAACUUUUGGUCAUUAGUAGUAAACCAGCUUCAGAAAACACAUUUGAAGAAGGUAUCUGUCAAUCAGAGACAGUAAUUGAGGGCCAAGCAGGUAUUAAGGAUCUUUCUGAAAGAUGGACCCAAAAUGAGCAUCUUACAACAACCCAGAGUAAACAGUGUUCACAGGUCUCCUUUCAUCAGGCUAUAUCUGUAUCAGUGAAGACAGAAGAAUUAACAGACACUUCAGCUGACGCUGGAGUGGAAGAUGUAGAAACUGUUAACUUGAGGGGUCCAGAUGAUGGCCUAUUAACUGAUAAGGGAGGUGUCCCCAAGUCCAAGGAGUCAGUAAACGAGAGUAGUUCUGUUACUGUAGCCUCAGCAGAAGCGUCUAAUCAUCUACAUUGCACCUUAGGUGUAGAGAUUUCACCCAGACUGUUAGCAGAUGAGGAGGAUACACUCAAUCAGACUUCUGAGCAAACUGAGUCCUCAUCACCCGCUUGCAUCCUGGUUAGAGAUUUGGGUCAGGGCACACAGAAUCCAGUGACAGACAGGCCUGAGGCCAGGGAACAUGUCUGUCCUGAAGCUGCAGGGUCACUUCUAGGAUUUGAACCACCUACCAGCCAUCCGUCACCAAGUCCCUCCUUUCUUGCACCAUUAAUUUUUCCUGCUGCAGACAUUGACCGGAUUCUCCGUGCUGGCUUUACUUUGCAGGAAGCUCUUGGGGCUUUGCAUCGAGUUGGUGGAAAUGCAGACCUUGCACUUCUUGUCUUGCUAGCAAAGAACAUUGUAGUUCCUACGUAA